GCGCUUCCCCAUCCUCGUCCUCCUGAAAAUCGGGGAUGUUGCGAUGUCCUGGCGCUUUCCCUUGGGCUUUGCAGCCGCUUCAGAAGUUGCCUGGGAGGACAAGAGUGUGUGUGAGCAGGGGCAGUUCGAGGGGAGGCUCCCUGGGGAUGAAACCUCGAGCCUGCCCCGCUAGAUGAGAACUGGGCAGGUUUGUUCUGACACAGCUGCUGCGGAGGGGGGGAUUUGUGGCGGGGGAAGAUAGAGAGAGAGAAGUGCAGUGUGCAGCACCCUGCCGCUGCUAUCAGAGGCAGGAUCUGGCAGUUCUGGGGGAAGGUGCCACCUCUCCGCUCCGCCACUCCGAGCAUUCUGGAUCUCCAGCUCGAAUUGCCGGCAGCGGCGAUCAUGGCAGCGCCGGAUGGGUUUAUUUCUUCGCCACCUCUCGUUUCUCUCUCUCAGCAAUAAUUCACCUGAGGGCUUCUUUUCCCCCCGCCUCCCCUUCUCGCGCUCUUUUUUGAUGUGCAGAGAGGGGAGAAAAGGGCGUUCUGGACAGCGCGUAUUUCGCUCGGCAGCUUUUUGCGGCGCGCUUUAAAGAGCUCGCCAAAGGACCCGGGGGGAGAGAGAGAGAGAAAGAGAAAGAAAGAGGGGGGAAAAAAAAAAAGAGCACGGCACAAAGUGGUGGCGGUGGGAGGAGAAGGCGAGGAGAGAAGAGCCGGCGGGCAGGAGCCGGCGGAGAGCAGAGCCGGAGCAGCGCGGUGUGUGCGCGGAGCCGCCCGCGGUGGCCGGAGCGGGGCGCGGAGCGGCCGCGGGUGCGGACCAUGGGCUGGCGGCUGCUGCUGCUGGCCCUGGCGCUGGGCGGCCGCGCCGCCACCGCGCAGAACGACACCGAGCCCAUCGUGCUGGAGGGCAAGUGCCUGGUGGUCUGCGACUCCAACCCGGCCCCCGACGCCAAGGGCUCGUCCUCCUCGCCGCUGGGCAUCUCCGUGCGGGCGGCCAACUCCAAGGUGGCCUUCUCGGCCGUGCGGAGCACCAACCACGAGCCCUCCGAGAUGAGCAACAAGACGCGCAUCAUCUACUUCGACCAGAUCCUAGUAAAUGUGGGCAAUUUUUUCACGUUGGAGUCUGUCUUUGUAGCACCAAGGAAAGGAAUUUACAGUUUCAAUUUUCACGUAAUUAAAGUCUAUCAGAGUCAAACAAUUCAGGUGAAUUUGAUGCUGAAUGGGAAGCCAGUGAUUUCUGCUUUCGCUGGGGACAAGGACGUCACCCGUGAAGCUGCCACUAACGGGGUCCUGCUCUACCUGGACAAGGAGGACAAGGUUUACCUGAAACUGGAGAAAGGGAACCUGGUCGGUGGAUGGCAGUAUUCGACAUUCUCUGGCUUCCUGGUCUUUCCCCUGUAAAGUCAAUUCUCCUGUGACAUCCAUCCCGGUGUGGACUCAUCCUUGCCUCUGUUUACAUGAAGAUCAUUUUGUCAUCAUGGCAGUGGUGGUUCUUUAUUGCUUUCUCAUGGGUGAUUUUGGAUUCUCUCUCUAUGGAUUUUGGCCCCAUCUGAACUACUCAGAAGUCUCACAGAAUUUUGUGUGUUCAAAUACAAUAUCUUUGGACUGAGACUAGAGCAGACAAUAAAUAUCAAUGCUUAAGGUUACAGUCUAAAGCUCUGCAAGAUUUAUUCCAAUUUCAUUUUCUGGACUUACUUUGUGGAAGAAGUGGAUUUUCUCUAAUUGUGAAAAGACUGGCACCAAGUCUUUCCUGUAGGAGAGUUUGAGUUCAGACUCCAGUCAAGAGUUAGUGUGUUGCUGCCAAAGAACUGUGUAUUGAUAAAUUGGUCACACGUGUUUCUGUCCCUGGGACUGGACUGCCACGAUCUGUUCCAUUGUCUUAGGAAGGUAAUUCUUACUGCUAAGUGGUCGGCUUGAGUUCUCCUCUGCGUGUUGUGUGUUGGAUGGUUCACCCAAAUAUUUAAGCUCAGUCACAAUCAAGUCCAGCCUCCAUAAACCUGAGGGGUUAUGGAUGUAUUUUGGUUGGAUACGGAAGGGGUUCCUCUUUUCCACGUGCUGAUUCCUAAAAUGAAAAGCAGAUUAUAACCAUUCAGACAAAACUCCCCAGGGUUAAAGGUGAUCAUUCAGGCACAGCUUUACAAAAAUAGCUUUGCCCUGCAGGACACCUCACACUUGUUCUUCAAUUUUAAUUAACAUGAUUGAUAAUUACUGCUUUAUUCAGCUCCUGAGGGAUUCCUUCCUUAGACACAACCACUUUGUCAGCUGGAGAUGAGAUCCCCUUGUUUGUAUUUCUGUGUAUUUUCCAACCCUUCUGUUGUGUUAAAGGUCUUUUCUGGUUUUGCCUUAACUCCACAGCUGUAUAAAAUUUUAGGUCAUUUGUUCAACAAAUAUGAAAUCCAAAUAAGUGGUACCUAACUUGGUACAAAAGCUUCCCAGCUUUUUGUACAGGUCAUGUGAAUUCAUAAACUUAUUUAUUAUCUCAUUGUUACAUAAUAAAGAUUAAUAUAUGUUAGCUGAAUUUUUGACCUUUGGAUUUUGGAAGUCGCUUCAUACUAUUUUUUUAUUGGAUAUAAUUGUUAUAUGCAAAAUGGAAACUGCCCUGGGAGGCAGGAGAACUGCCACGAGUUAGUGUGGCAGAAUCCUGGAGGUAAUGAGAGGGAUCGAGAAAUAACCUAUGCAUUUUAUUUAAAAAUAAAAUUUAGGCAGAAAUCCUGGCCUCACUGAAGUUGGUGUUCAGAAUCACGUUGAUUCCAAAGGAUUUUGGAUGAAACCUGUUCUUUAGGUUCUGCCAUCAGCACCAAACUCCAGUGCCAUCAGAUUGAAUAUUAAAUAAAAUGAUUUUCUCAUGAGCUGCUAAUGAAAGCUUCAUCCCUCGUGCCCCAAAUACUCUGAAGUGAUGGAUCUUUGUGCCUUGUGUAUCAGGAAGGAUGUGGUUCUAUAUUAAAAGUUUCUGUGUACUUGAAAAUGUUGGUGGGUGGAAGCAUCUGCAGCAACCUGGGAGCUUCCCUAAAGGCCAGUUUGGGCUGGGAUUUGCUGCUUUUGGGACCUGGUUCCAAUUCCUUCCCUUGCUGGCCAAGUGCAGUGUGUCCUGUUGAUAUUUCACUGAUUUAAAAUCGAAUUCAUGGCUGGUUGGUGCUCCUUGUAAAAACAUCAGGGAAUCAGUGGCACAGCACUGUGCCCAAAUUCCUGAUUGUCCAGCACCUACCACCCAGGACUUUUUGGGCAGUUUCAGGAGGAUUGGUGGGUACUUUGCACUCCUGUGAGAUAAAUCAGAUGAGAAGGUGAUUUCUUGGACCCAAUUUUGUUUCUGUACUGACCACUGCAGUUGGGGAAGAAGUGGAAGGACCUGGCAAGAAGGUGAAAGAUUCACAUUGCUGAAAAAUAUUAAAAAGUUGUGAUGAGCAAUCAAAAAUGUGUCCCUGCUGUACCCCCAAAAUGUGUGUAUAUAAAUAUAUGUAUAUCUAAACCCCCUGGAAUUGCAGAUCGUAGUUUGCAUGAUGUUAUAAAGAGGUUACUUGUCCUAAGAGUUUAUUUCAGAGGGGAGCAUCAAUAUUUUGUAUAAAAUUGGUAAAAUCUGCAAUCUCACCUUGCCCAUGGAUAUAUCUGUAAUGUAAAAGAAGUGUUGCUACUGAGACAGAAGAAAAACGGCAUUAAAGGUGUCAGUAUAAUUUCAGAAUGA